GUGCCCUCACCCGGCGUGCCCGGGUCUGCUCGCCCCACCCCGGCCCCCGGGGCUUCCUGGCCGUCCCCUCCCCCACCGCAGCCGACCCCUUCGCUCCUGGCCAGCCUCCGCCACACACUGGGAAGCAAGCUGGUAGCCUGCACCACAGACCCUGCAACCCGACAUCGGGGGCCUGCACUCUGAGAUUGGACCCAGAGAUCUGGAAACAGGGACCCCAAGACAGGAGUCUGAACACCAAUAUCUGGGGCUGGAAUCUCAAUAUCAGUCGCUGAGAACCCAACAUUUGGAACCUGAGCCCCAAGACUUGGAAUAUGGAUCCCAACAUUUGGAGCCUGAACCUCAAUAUUUGGAAUCUAAAUCCCCCAAUGGAGCUAAACUCUGAAUUCUGUGCCUGAGACCUUGAAAUCUGGGAUGGGAUUCCUGUGUCUAUUCCCCCAGAAUCCACUACUUGGGACCUGAACCCUGAGAUUUAGGCCUCAAAUUCCAAGAUCCGAACCCUGGCAUUCCAAGGGGCCUAAACCUGAGUUCUGGCCUGAAGUCCUUGCUGCAAACCCGAAUGCUGAAAUCUGGGACUAGAGACCUCCGAAACUUGACUUAGCAACCCCAAUAACUGAGCCCAGCACCCCAGUACCAGACCCCAGGACUGGACUUAGGACUUAGACCCUAAACUCUCCAUUUGGCUGUUUCGUAUCCCAAGGCUGGAGCUGGGUGACCCUGACUCUGAACGACCUAAAGGGGUGCCUGGGUCUCUAAAAUUGGACCCUAGUUGCCCAAUAUUUGGGGAUCUGAGACUCUAAGUACCAAGGUCUAGAGACUCCAUGACCACAUAUAUAAGCUGAGACACGAGGACAGUCCCUCUACAAAGGCCUUGGGGACAGGAAGGAACAACUGAGCACCCCCUCCAGAGCCCUGACCUUUGACCCCCUGGGAGCCUGAAGACUCUGCUCCCUGGGACGCUUCCAACUCAGGCCACCGCUGCCCGAGAUGGCCGUCCUCCCGCUGCUCCUUUGCCUGCUGCCGCUGGCCCCUGCCUCAUCUCCACCCCAGCUAGCUACACCCAGCCCGUGUCCCCGUCGCUGCCGCUGCCAGACACAGUCACUGCCCCUAAGUGUGCUGUGCCCAGGGGCAGGCCUUCUAUUUGUGCCACCCUCGCUGGACCGCCGGGCAGCCGAGUUGCGCCUAGCGGACAACUUCAUUGCGGCUGUGCGUCGCCGUGACCUGGCCAACAUGACGGGCCUGCUGCAUCUGAGCUUGUCACGUAAUACCAUCCGCCAUGUGGCAGCCGGUGCCUUUGCUGAUCUUCGCGCCCUGCGUGCUCUGCAUCUAGAUGGUAACCGGCUAACCUCACUGGGCGAGGGUCAGCUGCGUGGCCUGGUCAACUUGCGCCAUCUCAUCCUGAGCAACAACCAGCUGGCAGCCCUGGCAGCUGGUGCCCUGGACGACUGUGCCGAGACACUUGAAGACCUCGACCUCUCCUACAACAACCUGGAACAGCUGCCCUGGGAGGCUUUGGGCCGCCUGGGCAAUGUCAAUACAUUGGGCCUCGACCACAACCUGCUGGCUUCUGUGCCUGCUGGCGCCUUUUCCCGCCUGCACAAGUUGGCACGGCUGGAUAUGACCUCCAACCGCCUGACCACCAUCCCACCUGACCCACUCUUCUCCCGCCUACCACUGCUAGCCAAGCCCCGGGGGUCACCUGCCUCUGCCCUGGUGCUGGCCUUCGGUGGGAACCCCCUGCACUGCAACUGCGAGCUGGUGUGGCUGAGGCGGCUGGCGAGGGAGGAUGACCUCGAAGCCUGCGCCUCCCCACCUGCUCUGGGUGGCCGCUACUUCUGGGCUGUGGGUGAGGAGGAGUUUGUGUGUGAACCCCCUGUGGUAACUCACCGCUCACCACCGCUGGCAGUGCCUGCUGGUCGGCCAGCUGCCCUGCGCUGUCGGGCUGUGGGGGACCCCGAGCCCCAUGUGCGUUGGGUAUCACCCCAGGGCCGGCUGCUGGGCAACUCGAGCCGCGCUCGCGCCUUCCCGAAUGGGACGCUGGAGCUGCUGAUCACUGAGCCGAGUGAUGGAGGCAUCUUCACCUGCAUUGCGGCCAAUGCAGCUGGCGAGGCCACGGCUGCUGUUGAACUAACCGUGGGUCCCCCACCACCACCCCAGCUAGCCAACAGCACCAGCUGUGACCCCCCGCGGGACGGGGAUCCUGAUGUCCUCACCCCACCUUCUGCUGCCUCUGCCUCCGCCUCCGCCAAGGCAGCAGACACUGGGCCCCCUACUGACCGUGGUGUCCAGGUGACUGAGCAUGGGGCCACAGCUGCUCUCGUCCAGUGGCCAGAUCAGCGGCCUAUCCCAGGCAUUCGCAUGUACCAGAUCCAGUAUAACAGCUCAGCCGAUGACAUCCUCGUCUACAGGAUGAUCUCAGCCGACAGCCGAUCCUUCCUGUUGACAGACCUGGCGUCCGGCCGCACCUAUGAUCUGUGCGUGCUAGCAGUGUAUGAGGACAGCACCACGGGGCUGACAGCUACACGGCCGGUUGGCUGCGCUCGCUUCUCCACAGAGCCCACACUGCAACCCUGCGGGGUCCCGCAUGCACCCUUCCUGGGUGGCACCAUGAUCAUCGCGCUGGGUGGUGUCAUCGUGGCCUCAGUACUGGUCUUCAUCUUCGUUCUGCUUAUGCGCUACAAGGUGCACGGUGGCCAGCCCCCCGGCAAGGCCAAGGCACCCGCACCCGUCAGCAGCGUUUGCUCCCAGACCAACGGCACCACACAGGCCCCGUCUGCUCCUGAGCCCUCCGCACCGAGGGCCCAUACCAUGGUCCAGCUGGACUGUGAGCCCUGGGGGCCCAGUCACGAACCCACAGGACCCUAGCCUCGUGCCCACCAAGGGGUGGCAGGACCUAAGCCCCCUGUGGGACCUGGCCUCAGACUCACCAAAUUGUUCACGGUUUUUAAAACUCUGAUGGGGAGGGUGUCAGGGGCACUGAGGGGCACAACAAGAAAGUCCUAUUUUUCUAAGCUUGGGCCUGGGCCCUUGCCCUUGUCUCUGUCUGUGGGAGUUGGGAGGAUCAUGCAGGGCCUGGAGCUGGGGAUGCCUCUUCUGGGGAGAGAUCUACCUAGUUCUGUCCAAGGUCCCUGGAUGUGGCUGAGGAUGGUCAUCCAUUUAGUCAACAGACAUUCCUUGAGCGUUGUCUCUGAGCACGUCCUGUGAUGGGUGAUGCUGUGGUGACUCUGACAGCCCCAGCUCUGCCCUCAGACAGUGAUCAGAGAUGUGGUCAUGAGGGAAGCCUGGGAGAUUGUGGGAGCCCAGGAAAGGGGCCUGACUCAGCCUAGGAAGAGCUUCCUGGAAGAGAGAUGGGACCUGAGAAUUCUCUCUGAAGGAGAUAACUGGCCCAGAGCAGAGGGAAGGGUGUUCCAGGCAGAGGGCACAGUACAACCAGGGGCUUCGUAAGUGCCAGACAUUGGGGGUGCUGUGAUAGAGGAGAGGUAGGAGGGGUGAGCAGGGUCCAGGCUUUCCGGGCGGAGGAGCUCAGACUCUGGCCGGACAGUAUUGGGAAGCCAUGGAAGAUUUAAUGCAGAGGAGGACAGCGUCAGGUUUGGGCUUUAGGAAGAUCCUUCUAGCUGCCAUGGGGAAGGUGGACCAGAGGGGAAACCUGAUGUAAGGAGCCUGGGGGGGAGCCAGGGUAAGGACCUGUGUGAGUAAGGACAAGACUGGAUCAGGGAGGGUGGGGCUGGGGAAAGCAGUUGGGCUGGGUGAGGGGACAUUCAGGAAACUUGAGUGGCUGAGUUAUGGAACUGAAGAACCACGGGGGAGGGAAGUGUCCAGGAUGAGGCCCAGGGCUCUGGCCAAGGGAGGGACACCGGAGCUGCUAUGAUACUGGACCAGGGAGAAGGGGCAGAUUUGGGGAAGAUGCCAAAGCCAGUGGGACUUGGUGGAUGUGGAGUACCCAGAGGGCAUCCAGAGGUGAUUGGCAGGGGGCCUUGGCCUCUGGACUUUUCAUGUCUAAGGGACAGACAACGAAAAGCCUAGACUAAACAGGAGCAGCAGGUGGAGGGACAUAGAAGCACACUGGGCAAGUCAGACCCAAGUUAUUCUUAUGUUUAAUGAUAUCCAGGCUGCCGUGAGAGUAGUGUUAGGGGUUCAGUUGGACAGAUGCCAGACUCCGCUGAUUUGAAAGUAGGAGGUAAGAAAGUAUAGAGAGGGAGUGUAGACCUGCCAUUCUGUGGGCCUAGAGCCUGGUCCAGGUUGAUCUGGACCUUUCUGCACAUCUCUCCAGGGCUGGUCCUCACUGUCUUGAACUGCCCUAGGCUCCCCUCAGAUACUAAGAGGUUCGGAGGACCAAACCCUGGGCCUUGGAAAUAUCAGGCCUCAUUGGAGAUCCCGGAAUGGGAUUAGCAGGAAGAGGAAUAGUGCUCCUUGAUCUCAAGCUACUCUUUGGUGGGUUCAGAGGCAGAGAUGUGGAGGGACCUUGGGUCCUAUCAGUAUUCUCUGGAGUGAUGCUGAUGUGAGGAGCAGGGUGAAGUGGGCCCAAGACCAGACUGGCCGUUCUCAUGUGGGGCGCCACAGCUUUGUGGGUGGGUGUAGGUCUUGGAAAUGACUUUCCAUUGGCCAUGGAACACCUGGGUCCCAGGGAUCUGGCCUGACUCCCAUCGUUAGGUCCUUCCUUUUGUUAUCCUCCGGUGGCUGAGGCCAGGAGCAGCCAUCGGGGACAGUGAGGUAUCUUGAGAAAAAGGCCUAGGGAGGAGCAGGUUUGGAUACCUAGAACCAGUUGCUGCCAUGAGGGGGAGCCAGAGUGCACUGUUCCUCAACCCUGUUUUUAAAAUACUAAGUUACUGCGUGCCUACUUGUGCUACAUGCUGGGGAUUCAGUAAUGAACAGAUACCGGCCUGUCCUGCCCUCAUUUACCUCACCAUCGGGUGGGGAAACAAAUGUUAAAUAAUCACAAAAGCAAGUGUAAGCAUCGGUGGUGACAAGUGGGGCCAUGCAGGGAUCCAUGGAACCGUGAGACCUGCAGCCAGGGGACCUGGCCCAGGAAGAGAGGUUGAGGGAGGCUUCCUGGAGGAAGUGAUGCCUUGGCGAGACCUGAAGGAUGAUCAGGUUGGAGUUAACUACACAAGGAAUGGAAAGGGCAUUCCAUGCAAAUGGAACAGCAUGUACAGAAGUUCAGGAGCUGAGGGAUGCAUGGUGAGGGAAGGGCUGAAAGAGGCCAUGUGCUGGAGUAUGGUGGGGAAAAGGAAGUGAUGCCGUGUUGACUUGAGAGUAAGAAGGGGACAGGUGAUGCAGGCUACUGUAGGCUACUGGGAAGGGUCUGGGUUUUAUUCUAAGCGGCAUGAGAAGCCAUCGGAGGGUCUUGAGCAGUGAGGAGAGUUGUCCUUUCUAAUCCUAAAGAAACUCCAGUGGCAGGUCUGUUUGCAUGUGGGAACUAAAGUAAAGCAGGGAGACCAGGGAGGAGGCUAGUGUAAUGGUCCAAGCAGAAGGCGUGGGGCCUGAGUGGAUGGAUUGGAGAGAGAUUUGAGACUACUUCACCAGAAGCCUCCAUCCCCUAUGCAAGUGAUGAUAGUCUAGAUCACUGUCCAGCUACCUGGUUUUCAGGCAAGAUUGCUGAGACUGGGGAAGAAAGAUCCAUUCCUUACAUGGGGGAGCUGGCCUCUCUGAGGCAUAGGAAUUAAUGACCUUUUCCACAUUCAAGUACCAGGCAAACAGUAGGUCAAGACUCUGCAAGGCAGAGGCUGUGGGUGGUUGUGGGGGAUGUGAACACGGGAAAUGUGAGCCCAAAAGGGGGACACACCUGGUGGUAGCUUAUUACAUGUUUGGAAGCAGGGAGGAUAGAAGGAGGUACAUAGGAGUAGGCUGGUCCUUCCAGCAUGGUACCCCCGUAGGCUCCUUCACAGGAUGCCUGGACCAUCUCCCAGCCCUAUGCAGAAACAAUACAAGUGGACAAAUGGUCACAUGUAUCUAGAACAGUGGUUCUCAACCUUCCUAAUGCUGCAACCCUUUAAUAUAGUUCCUCAUGUUGUGGUGACCCCCAACCAUAAAAUUAUUUUCGUUGCUACUUCAUAACUG